CAGCAGUGCAGCGGCGGCGGCGGCGGCGGCGGGGCUCUGCUUCUUUCGGAGCCCAGCGCAGGCCGCAGAGCCGGGGCCGCUGCGAGCCGAGACCGCGGGCCGCGGAGCCCGCACGGCCGGCGCGGAGAAUCUGUUCCUGUUGAAGAGCGUCUCCUGGAUUCCCAGGCCCUUUGGGGCUUUAGGAGACCAGUAGGUGAAGUUUUCUACCUCUAAGGAGAAGCAGUACAGACUCCCACAUAAAGAGCAAGUUCUCCUCUGCUAUGGAUACCGAGUCCACGUAUUCUGGAUAUUCUUACUACUCAAGUCAUUCGAAAAAAUCUCACAGACAAGGGGAAAGAAAUAAAGAGAGGCAUAAAUCACCCCGGAAUAAAGAUGGCAGAGGGUCAGAAAAAUCUGUCACCAUUCAAGCUCCCACCGGAGAGCCCCUGUUGGGAAAUGACUCUGCUCGGACGGAGGAAGCUCAGGAUGACAACUGGGGCGAGACCACCACGGCCAUCACGGGCACGUCAGAGCACAGUAUAUCGCAGGAAGACAUCGCCCGCAUCAGCAAGGACAUGGAGGACAGCAUGGGGCUGGACUGCAGGCGCUACCUGGGCCUCACUGUGGCCUCGGUCCUCGGACUCCUGGUCUUCCUCACCCCCAUCGCCUUCAUCCUGCUGCCCCCCAUCCUGUGGCGGGACGAGCUGGAGCCCUGCGGCACCAUCUGUGAGGGACUCUUCAUUUCCGUGGCGUUCAAGCUCCUCAUUCUGCUCAUCGGGACCUGGGCGCUGUUCUUCCGCAAGCAGAGGGCCGACGUGCCGCGGGUAUUCGUGUUCCGUGCCCUCUUGUUGGUCCUCAUCUUUCUUUUUGUGGUUUCAUAUUGGCUUUUUUAUGGGGUCCGCAUUUUGGACUCUCGGGACCGAAAUUACCAGGGCAUCGUGCAAUACGCUGUCUCCCUCGUGGACGCCCUCCUCUUCAUCCACUACCUGGCCAUCGUGCUGCUGGAGCUCAGACAGCUGCAGCCCAUGUUCACGCUGCAGGUGGUCCGCUCCACCGAUGGCGAGUGUCGCUUCUACAGCUUGGGACACCUGAGUAUUCAGCGAGCAGCAUUGGUGGUUCUGGAAAAUUACUAUAAAGAUUUCACCAUCUAUAACCCCAACCUCCUAACAGCCUCCAAAUUCCGAGCAGCCAAGCACAUGGCCGGGCUGAAAGUCUACAAUGUAGAUGGCCCCAGUAACAAUGCCACUGGUCAGUCCCGAGCGAUGAUUGCCGCAGCUGCCCGGCACAGGGACUCGAGCCACAACGAGCUGUAUUACGAGGAGGCGGAGCACGAACGGCGGGUGAAGAAGCGGAGGGCAAGGCUGGUGGUCGCAGUGGAGGAAGCUUUCAUCCACAUCCAGCGUCUCCAGGCCGAGGAGCAGCAGAAGGCUCCAGGGGAGGUGAUGGACCCCAGGGAGGCCGCCCAGGCCAUCUUCCCCUCCAUGGCCCGGGCCCUGCAGAAGUACCUGCGCACCACGCGGCAGCAGCACUACCACAGCAUGGAGAGCAUCCUGCAGCACCUGGCCUUCUGCAUCACCAACAGCAUGACCCCAAAGGCCUUCCUCGAGCGGUACCUAAGCGCGGGCCCCACGCUGCAAUAUGACAAGGAGCGCUGGCUUUCCACGCAGUGGCGGCUCGUCAGCGACGAGGCCGUGACCCACGGGUUGCGGGACGGACUCGUCUUCGUGCUCAAGUGCUUGGACUUCAGCCUCGUAGUCAAUGUGAAGAAAAUCCCAUUCAUCGUGCUCUCAGAAGAGUUCAUAGACCCCAAAUCUCACAAAUUUGUCCUUCGCUUACAGUCUGAGACGUCGGUUUAAAAGUUCUAUAUUUGUGGCUUUAUUAAAAAAAAAAAGAAUAUAUAUAGAGAGAUAUAUGUAUACCAGAGGGGCAUCUUUGUUUUUUUCAUUCUUCAUUGCUGACUGAACUGGCAGAUGAGAGACCAGGGUCCUUUGACCAUCUGCACUUUAUUUGGAAGGAAGCAGAAGAUGUCCAUCCUGGGAAAAAGUGACCAGUGCCAUCUGGCUUAUGGAUGGGAUGUCUCAAGAAGCCGUUCCCUGGCGUGCCUGGGACAGCUACAAACCAAAGUGGAGCUGGCGGUUCUUGGGAACCUCGCCUUACGACUCGUCCCUGCCUUUCAUGCAGCUCCCGGCGCCGCCCUUGCUUCCAGCCGUCCCACUCGUGGGCCUCUGGGGACAUGUCUUUGUUCUGUUUCAGGGAAGCGGACCAGACAUGUCCACACGUGUCUGUGCAUGUCAGUGUCCAGCACCAGGGGAGCCAUGGGCCAGUCGCGAAAGGCCUGCCUUCAUCUUUGUUCUCUGUUGCCUUAGGUUCUGCGGAGAAAGGUCACAAUGACAAACACACACUGUCAGUUUACAGCUCUUAAUGAUUUUAUUUUAUUUUUGCCCAAAGAGAGCCUGCCUACCCCAGUUCUGACCUGCUUUUCUACGGGCUUGGGCAGCUAGCCCCCUCCUAACCCUGGGAUGGCCCACCUGUCUCGGCUCCGACCCGCCCUCCCCAGCCCACACCACACCCUACCUGGCUGGCAGGCCUGGCAAGGGAGCCCAGCCUUCAGAGCCGCCCAGGGCCUGCCCAGCUGUUCACCUGUGCCCUCAGGCUCUGUGCGCAGCCUUGGAUCUGCCCCACAGAUGGUUUGUUUGUAUAGGGAAGGGUGGAGUGCCCACCAGGUAGAACCCAGGACAGCAUGCCAGCUCGGAUGUCCCUUUAAGGCGGCAGUGGAGGCCCCUCCCCUCCCCAUCCUCCUCCCAGUGCUCCACACCACCUGGAGGAGACCCACACUGUGACUCCGGGACUGGCACGUUCAGCUGGGAGCCUCUGUUUCCCAGGAGAUGCGUUCUCACAGAGCUCCAUGGCACGCUGCCCUGCCAAGGGAGACCAAACAGUGCCCUCUGCAGUGACAGCUGCAGCGUCCAGUCCCUGAUCCUGACCACCGUCACUGUGCACUCGUCGCCUCUGCCCCUUACGACCAGGGGCUCAUUUAGGCCCUGGUGCUCAAUUACUAGUAGUUGGCAGUGAGUGAGGAGAAGGAAUGGGCAAGCUGCAGAGGUCAGGGGAAAGAGAGUAGGGGCCGAGCUCAUGGUCCAGACGAUGCGUGCGUGGCCAGUUUUCUAGACACAGCCGGUUUCUGUGGCUUUCUGGGGCUCAGGGGAGCAGCCGGGCCGGGUUGUGGGUGGAGGCGUCGCUCGGCAGAGCCCCGCAGCAGCCUUCAGUCCCGCCUGCCUUCUUGUACCCACAACAAGCCUUUACAAAGUAUUCACUCUCGCUUUUCCUGGGUGUUUAGGGUAACCAGCUCCCUUUCUUUUGCAAAGGAUGACACUGUCCAGUGCUCUUUGUGUGUGUCUUCACGUACCCUCUCUGGUUUACGCACUCCACAAGUAGUGCAGCGUUUGUUAUUAUUUUCUUAAAAUUGGCUUUGGAGGUUUGUCGUGCACCUGUACCUGACAACGGAAACAGCGUUCUUGAAUCAGCAGCCUUCAGGUCAAAAAGAAGAUACGUUGGAAAAGAAGGGAGGGGAAACCAGUUGGUAUGGCAUGGAGCCACAAUGUACUAUUUAACUACAUGGUUUCCGUUUAUGAAAAACACAUACCAUGUAACCAUGGUGCUUUUGUUCUUAGUUUUGCCUUUAGGUCCCUUCAAGCUGGACAUUCCUUAUGCUGUCUUUCUCAGGAAUAUAUUUGGGGAGAUUGGGCAAGGGAUGUGAAUGUGUAUGAGACUUGGGCUGCGUAAAGGUUACACUGUCCCAGACUAAAUGCAUCCUAGGCUCCUGCAGCAGAAGUGCCACCCAUGUGUAUACAUACAGUUCAUAAUGACACUCCUCAUCAGCAUCCUAAAAUAUGGUGCUUCCCACCCUGUCUUAAGUCACGGGUCCAGAAGGGGUUACAUUGGAUUCAUGGCCCUGGUUGCCUGCCUUCCCAGCAGGGUGAAGAAAGGUUGAAAUUAAAGAAUUUAUUUUCUCUCUACCCCUUUCCCAGUCUUUGCAUAGGAGAAUGUCAGACUUUCUGAAAUUAUUGUUUCUGUUUUAAAUUGAAUAUCGAUUUUUUUUUACACUGACUUUGUAUGGAGUCCCUUUUGAAAGAAUAACAUAAUAAAAUGCAGAAUCUUUGUAUCAAGCCUUUGCACUUGCAAACUCUUAAUAGCUUGAGUUAAUGGUGCAGUGGGAACAAUGUAAAUGGAGUUUAAAAAAAAAAAUGAAAGGUUUCAGAAACCUGCAUCACACCACUGAAAACAACACAUUUCUAUUUCAGUUCUUGGAGCCAAUCAGCUAUUCUUUUUAAGAGGGAUUAAACUGUGCCCUGGGCGAGUAGGAUUAGAUAAAUGCACAUUGGAGGAGACAAGAUUUUGUUUACCUUAAAUGUUUAUAGAUGUUCUAUAACUUUGAACCUACGUUAUUAAAAUGUGAACGUUGAACCGUAUGGAGUAGAACGACUUAAUGAGGAGUGUGUGUCUGAUGUUUUGACCUGGUGAUGUUUUGACCAGUAGAUAAUUUUUGUUCUUAAGUGUGUCCUUCUGAAGGCAGUUGACCAUUUUUAAUCAUUCAUGAACUGAACGUUGAAGUCUGCAUUCUUAGAGCUGGAGGGAAUUUUAAGGUUUUGUGGGUCAGCCAUCCUUUGCAUUAUCAGUUAAGUCGAGAUUCAUGAUGCUUCUGCCAAAGCUUAUAAAGUAAGCGCUAGAGAAAAUGCUUGACCAGUUUUCCUGCCCAACUGUCAUGAUCUCCCUUUCUCCCUCUCUGUCCUUUUCAAAUCUACACACAGGACACAUUCUGUAAGCAAAUGGGUAAAGAUAGGUGGCCUCUGUGUGUGUGUGUUGUGUGCGCGCACACGCGCGCGCGUGUGUGUUUUGUGCUGUGGCUCAUUGCCAGAGUUUGGACCUCCUUUGCAGUGGGGAAAUUGUGGUUGAGAUUGCAGGGGGGUAAUCAAGUACUCUUAUUCUUGUGUCUUUGGAGUGUGUGUAUUCAGAUAAGGCUGUAGUUCUGUGGGAAGUCAUGAGCUUAGUGGGCUGACUAAAGUUGACAACCCUGCCCCUCCUUACUUCCCGGAUGAGUGAAUGUUGUAGCCACUCAGUGAAACCAACAAAAUCGGUCCUUGGUUUCCUCUCUUCUAUCUGGACCCUGCUAUGUAAGGCUUCCUACACGGGGAUGCGUAUUUGUGAGUGUUUCCAUACACGUGAGCAUUUCUCUUGAGUCUAAUUACCAGAUGGACGGCAUGUUUAUGUUAGACAUCUGAAUGUCUGUGUUAUCUGUAGCAGAUGGGUGUCUAUGUCAGCAAAUAACUUGUGGGUAUGUUUAUAUGGAUGAACAUGUGAGAGUCCAUGUGUUUCUACAUAUGUCCUGUGUUUGAGAGAUUUCCCAACAGCACCCAUCUUCUGCGAAGUUACUCUAAAGCCAGUUACUUCUCCCCCCGCCCUUUCUUUCUUUCCCUCAGUUACACUGGUUUCUCCCCAGGAGUAAAUGGCUUUAGCAAAGCAGUGUCUUCUGGAGAGUUGGCUGUCCCGCAGGCAAGUCCAUUAGGCUCCUUCUUGCCUCAGGAGCCUAUGACCUGAAAAUAGCAAGAAACAAAGAAAAGCCAAGCUCUAUGAUAAUAACUGCUCCAACUUCACUACCCUGGAAGCCUUACUAUAGAUUUCUCCAUGUAACUUCAAAAUUGAUCUUCAUUUAAAAAAAAGAAGAGGAAGAAAGAUUGAUUACUAAAGAAAUGUUGCCAUAAUAUUUAAAUAGUCCAGGAGAGACCCUGCAAUUGUAAAGUGAUGUAUUUCCAGGUAGUGUCUGUGCUUUAUGGAUCUUGUUUUACAGAAAAGCAAUCACUACUGUGAACUUACUACUAUGUAACCUUGAGGUCAUAAUCCAUUAUAAAUAAAAUAUGAGUUGUUCUGAA